AUGGUUCGGGAACCACGCCCAUGCCCACCAAGCCCACCACAGCCAAACACAUGGUUCGUAGAACGUAGCCGCUGCAUCCACGUUAACAACCAGUGCACAUCCGUCGUGCCGUCAUCGCCGCCACAACAAAUGGCUACGCCCGAGCUUGUAAUUGCCAAGGCGGCUCUUUCUGCAGCUCUCUUCCGCGCAGAUCCCGAGUCAGUCUCGCGCGAAGACGUCGACAGCAUUUUCGCCAGCAUUGAUGCGACGCUCGCCGUUUGCUCGCGUCCCAACGUCCAGAAGUGCAAGCAAUUGAUCUGUCGCCACAUUGCGCCAUCCGCUUCGAGAUCCAACGCGCUCGCCAAGUACGCCGUCGCCUUAGCUAGAACCCAGUCCGACUCCGACACGAAGCCCAGCUUAAAGCGACGACGACUACAUAUCCUCUAUAUCCUGAGUGAUGUAUUCCAUCACUCAAUUGCAAGACAGCGAAAUGCGCAUUUUGCCAGCAGCUGGAAGGAUGCUCUGCCAAGUAUCCUGGUCCAAACGGUUGGCUUCGAGAACAGCCCAAAGCAUGCUGCAAAAAUCGACAUGCUGCUCUCGCUAUGGGAGGCGGCAGACUACUUCGAUUCUGCGACGAUGCAAAAGCUACAGGCUAUUGCUAAAGGACAUAUAACGUCCAUUGAACUGACAGAGGCAGCACCCACCAGCUCUCUCAAGAUCGCCAAAGACAUGCCAUUUGUUCUCCCCUCUGUCCACGGUAGCUCGACAACUCCAUGGUACGAUCUGCCAGCCUCGACCUGGCUGCCUCAUUUAACACCUAAUUCUACACGGCCGAUGUUCCCGCAUUUGAUCCAGCCAAUCCAAAUGACAGCUGGUCCAGCCGACAAGGCAGUCGUCGACGCUGUACAGCAGCUGCUUCGCAAGGCCAACAGGUUGUACAACGGCCAAGAUGACAAGGACAGUUCCGACGAAGUGACAGACGUCAAUGAGCUCGGAGAAAGAAUUAUACUAGAUGCUGUCAGUGGUCAAGUCAUUGCAGGCGAGACAUACUAUGGCUGGUCGCGACCGUUUUGUGAGCGCAUGAAGGCUCGACAGAACAAGGCACGGGGGAAGUCCAUCCCAGAUGCAGGCCGGCCACGCUCCCGUUCCAUGUCCUCCAUGUCUUCGCGUUCACGAUCCCGGAGCUACUCUCCGCAGAGAAAACGAAGAAGAUCAACUUCUGCACGGCGCAGUAGCCCCAAUAGCCCUCGGCGGCGCAAUGCCUCGCCUGACCACACGCGCAAACGCCAGAGAUCGUAUAGUCGCUCGGCAUCAAGAUCAGUCUCGCCGGUCCGAUUCUCCAACCCAACCGGGCAAACCGUCCCAGCGCUCUAUCCCGGUCUACCUACCAAUACCCAACCUUUCCAAAAUUCCUGGCCUCCACCACCACCACCGCCAAACUGGGUUCCUGACCCAGGCAUGAUGGCGCAGAUGAUGGCGGCCUGGGGAACUGCUGGGGCACCCCUUCCUCCUCCCCCCCCUCCAGUGCCAAUGCAAAUGCAGCAUACGGAUAGAACCGAUCGUAGCAAUCAUCAGAUGGGUGAGAAUAAUCGUGGGCGCGGCCAAGUCAGGCGUCAAGGAGGGUAUAGACAAUGA